UUUGGGGGAAGAGGCUGUGCACGAGGAUGGCUUCCAACAGGAUGGCAUAGUCCCUUUCAGGGGUAGGCGUCCCCCCAUCGACGGCAGUGACUGCAGCUUGAGGCGGCGAGGGACAUCCAUUGGAAGAGAGGCAGGAGACCUUAGUCCAGAGCCGAAAGGAGGAGUGCAGCGUCACCAGGGCCUGUGAGCACCCGCCCAGCAGCGCUCCAUCCCCCAGGGCAGGAUGGACAGGCUGCGGCAGGUGCUCAGGAGGAGGUCGGCCAAGGUGCUCUCCAUGGGAGAAGAGAGCAGCAGGGAGCCUGGGCAGGAGGAUCGGGGCCCCACCUUCCAUGAUGAGGAGGGGCCCAUCAGGGCAAGGAGGUGGCUGUGCCCCAUCUGCUGCCGAAGUAAACUGGCAGCUCCCAGUGGCAGGGGAAAGGAGGGAAAGAAAUCAGCCACCUCCAAGUCCAGAUGGAGGUGGCCGUGGGUACGCCUGGGCAGGCGGGAGCCAGCGCCAUCACAACUCCUGGCACCCGAAGAGCCAUGCAGCUCCCCUCCUGGGUCAUCGGGCAGCCUGGAGCCCGGCCCUGCAGCCCCGCAGCAGGAGGCAGCCACGUGCCAAGCCGGGGACGACAGCCCAGCCGCCCUGGGGCAGGAGCUGAGCCAGGCCCACAGCAGCCCCUGCCUGAGCCGCAGCUCCUCCUGGGAUGAUUGGCACACAUCCCAGGAGUCCGGGAGCACCAGCACGAGCAGCAGCUCCUCCUCCUCCUCGGACCCUGAAAACUCCCCAGAGGCCCAAAGCACCAGCACGAGCAGCAGCUCCUCCUCGGAGGACAGCGAUAGCUCGGAGGAGUCCAACACCACCAGUUCGACCAGCAGCUCUUCCUCGGAGGACUCCAGUAGUUCCCUGGAGUCUGGGACCAGCCCGGCCCCCGGUGCCACCCGCACAGCGAUUCCCAGCCCGGCCGGCGAGAAGCUGGAGGAAGAGGAGGAGGAAGAGGAGGAGGAGGAAGAUGGAAGGUCCCCGGAAGAAGCUGCCCUCCUCCUUGUGAAGAAACACCUGCAGGACCCAGGGGAGAUGCUGGACGGGAAGGACAGGUAGCGCUUCCUGCUGGCCAUCAUCAGCCUGACCAUCGCUGCGGACCAGAGCAGAGAGGUGGCUGUGGAGCUGGAGGACCUGAAAGUGGCCGUGCUGGAGAGGAUCGUGGACCUGAUGGAGACCAUCUCAGUGGAGGGCGACCGAAAACACAUCCUGGCGUACAGCAUAGACGCCAUCCGCUGCCUCAGCGACCCGAAGCUCAGCCUGGAGCCAGCGCUGGAGUCACGCCUCCUGCGGGCCGCCGUGGAGAAGAGCUUCCUGGACAUAGGGCGUGAAACCCAUUGA